AUGGCAGUCCCGACACUUCCAGUAUGGCUCUUCCCCAAUAUUUACUCAACAUCCCGAAUGGACGAUCGUGUUCCUCCAACUUGGCGUGUGGUCUUCCUCUGUCCCAUGGACGACACGGAGCGAGUUGAAAUGAUGAUCAAACUAAGCACCGUCGACGAGGAAUGGGCAGAUCGUCCCCAAGCUGCGGUGCGGCGUCUGGUCGAAAUCCGUUGGUUGAUGGACUGGACACCACCUACAUCGGCUAUCGUCACCAUGAUGAGAGACGAUCCAUUAAUCUCUAUUGAUGAUCUGCCCCGGGUAGCUCACAUGGCCGGUAUCACACAAUCGGCCGGACCAACCUGCUGCUGGGAGUUGCUUUUUCAAGGCGAACUGUCAUGA